UACUCUUACUCUUACUCUUACCUUUACCCUUUCUAAACAUAACCCCUCUUCCUUGUUCUUCCCUCCUUAUCUCUCUAGUCUCAUUCUUCUCCCCCCCCCCUCCUUUCUCUUGUCCCUUCUCUUCUUCCUCCUCCUCUUUCACCAUGUCUCAAUCAACUUCUACCCAGGUUCCUCAUGCCACCACCGCCGCCCAAGUCGCCGGACAGUCCGCCUCCAAUACCACCCGCGCCACCGAACUCGCCGAUCUUAAAGUAAGCUUGCGCGGUGCUCUGCGUCAGUUCCCCAACUUCCCGCUGCCCGGCAUUCUCUUCGAAGACAUCCUCCCGAUCUUUGCCAACCCCACCACCCACGAGGCCCUCGUGCGCUGCCUCGAGCUUCACAUCCUCGAGAGCACCGGCAACCAGAAGCCCGAUGUCAUUGUUGGCCUGGAAGCCCGUGGCUUCUUGUUCGGCCCCAGCCUGGCUCUGAGAAUGGGCGCUGGCUUCGUCCCCGUCCGCAAGCAGGGCAAGCUCCCCGGUCCCUGCGAGACCCAGGGCUAUCAGAAGGAGUACGGCGAGGACUUCUUCCAGAUGCAGUCUGACGCCAUCAAGCCUGGCCAGAAGGUCGUCGUGGUGGAUGAUAUUAUUGCUACCGGUGGUUCGGCCUAUGCCGCUGGAGAACUGAUCAAGAAGAUGGGCGGUGAUCUCAUGGCCUUCGUUUUCAUUCUCGAGCUCGAGUUCCUCAAGGGCCGGGAGAAGCUGUCCGCCCCCGUCCACACUCUUCUCACUGGCCAGGAAGAGAAGGUCCUCUGAUUCAAACAUACAAACAACCAAAUGCAUUGUAUUGCUCUCCCUGCUUGAUUCGUUGGACAAAAAAAUUCGCAUAGUCAGAAAAAGAGUUCAUUCCGCCGAAAAUGAUCCGCCUGGACGGAUUGCGGAGAUGUCGGCAAAGCUGGUAUGAUGCGUGUUCCGUCAUGCAAUCAGUUGAUGGCCGAUGUGACUUCGCUGCAUCGUCUAUCUCUUGGCCUGACUACCCUUUCCCCGACUGAGGAUCUGACCACGUCGGGGAGACAUUGAGACUUAGACGUUGCUCGCCCGUUGGGAAGGACCCGGAAUCUUGGAUUGGUGUCUAUCGGCAUUCUGAAAUGAAAUUCCUCAAUAGUGAUCAUGUGUGGCUCUUGGGCAUCGGACAAGGCUGCGCAUCCUUUCUAUACGCAUAGACUAUGAAACUCUUAUAUCGUUGAUAAUAUAUUGAGUGAAUUAAUAUCCACUGU